AUGUAAUAAGAUGAUAGUUAAACAUAAAAAGAGGUGACCAAACCAAAAAAUAAGGUUAAGAAAAGCAAAGAACAAUUAAUAAUUAAUGUUUCCAGUACAAAUGAUCUACAUAUCUCCUUUUAGGCUCCUAAUACCCGGUGAUACGAUAUGUUGGUAAAAAGAUGUUAAAUUGGAAAAUUUAGAAGGAUGAAAAUGCAACUAAUUGGGAUGUAUGGUGGACAGAUGGAGCUGUCUUUUCUGAUCUUUUAGGGAGAAUGAAUUGUAAUUAAUAAAUCAAAUAGUUUAGCUUAUCAAAAAGUGAAUCAUUUUCCAGGAAUGUAUAGUUUAGCUCGUAAAAAUCAUUUGGGAAGGAACCUUAUGAAGAUGCAUAAAUAGUUUCCUUAAGCAUAUAAUUACUUCCCUUAUACUUGGUUAUUGCCAGCAGAAUUAAGUGAUUUUAGAGCAAAUAUUGGAAAGAACAGAACUUUUAUCAUUAAACCUGAAGCAUCAUGUCAAGGUAAAGGGAUAAUGUUGGUUAAAGAUGCUGAAGGUCUUUCAAUUCAUGAACAUUAUGUAGCAUAAAGAUAUUUAAGUAAACCUUAUUUAAUAGAUGGUUUAAAAUUUGAUCUUCGAAUUUAUGUAUUAUUGGCUGGUUGUGAUCCUUUAAGAAUUUAUAUAUUUAAAGAAGGUCUUGCUAGAUUUGCAACAGAAUUAUACAAAAAACCAGGUAAAGACAAUUUGGAUAAUAUUUGUAUGCAUCUUACAAAUUAUGCUGUUAAUAAAGAUAAUGAAAAUUUUGUAUUUAAUUAGAGUGAUAAAUAAAUGGAUGUUGGACAUAAGAGAAGUAUGACUAGUGUUUUUGAAUUACUAAAAAGUAGAGGUGAGAAUGUUGAUUAAUUAUGGAAAACAAUUAAAAAAAUGAUGAUUAAGACAUUUUGUGCUGUAUAACCUAUUUUAGCUCAUUAAUAUAAAUCUUGUUAACCAAAUAAUCAUAUGAAUAAUAUGUGUUUUGAAGUCUUAGGUAUGGAUGUUAUUUUGGAUCAUAAACUUAAACCUUAUUUAUUGGAAGUCAAUCAUUCUCCAAGUUUUACAACAGAUACUCCUUUGGAUGCAACUAUAAAAAGGGAAUUGAUUUCAUAAUCAUUAAUUUUGAUGAAUUGUACUUAGAAGGCUAAAUAGGAAUGUAUAAAUUAAGAAAAGCAAUUACUUCAGUAAAGGAUGUUAACAACUAAACCAAUUAAAUUGACAUUGGAAGAGAAGUAAAAACUAAUAAAGUAAUGUUAAGAAAUUAGAGAUUAAUAUGAGAAUUAGAAUAUUGGAAAUUUUGAAAAAGUUUAUCCAUUAGAAUAAUACGAAGAAGAUUAUGAUAAAUUUAUAGAACAUGCAGGUUUAUUAUAUUAAGAAUCUACAGGAGCAAGUAAGAAUAUUAAAAUAUAAAUAGAUAUAAAAAAGAUAUAAUAAUAAUAAUAAUAAUAAUAAUAAUAAUAAUAAUCAUUUAAAAGAAUUGAAAAACCUGAAAUGAAAUCAGAAUGUACUUUAAGACCUUAAGAAUAUAGAUCUGAAACUAAAAUCUUAGAAUAAAGAACAGAAAUUGUUAGAUUAAAAAGUGAAAAAUCUUCAGGAAUGAAAAGAAUACUAAAAAAAGAACAUUCAACUACUCUUUUAGCUGAUGAUACUAUCAGAAAUAUAAGAUUAGCAAGUUUAAAACCUCAAUAAAGAGCUAUUUUAAAAUAGGAUACUGUGAGAAAAAACUUUAAACUUCCUGUCAGUUAAGGUACUUUUGUAACACCUAAAUUAUUUAUGAUUACUGAAAAUAAUAAAAAUAGUAAUUAUCCUUAUUGA